AAAGAAAUGAAGUUGCAUCACUUUGCUCGCUUGAUCCUUUCUUAAAACACGGUUAUCUUCCUAAUAACACAAAAUUAGCCAAAUUCAAAUAUCAUAAGGUUGAAGAAGCUUUAGCUACUCACUAAACCUUAAAACCAUGAAACAUUAAUACCACGUACAAUUAACAAGUCCAAACUACUUCUCCAAGUCAUCAAUCAAUUGCGUUGGGUUUGAUGCCAAAAAAAAAAAAGGAAAAAAAAAGAAAGAUCAGACGAAUCAAUGAAAUUCCAACAAAUUCUACUUCCACACCAACAACACUAGAUCUUAGAAAUUUAAUUAAUUUGGUCAAAAACUUUCAUAAAAAAAAAUCAAAUCAAAAAUACCCAAAAUUAAAAAAAAUAAAAAAAUUAAAGAUGCUACAUACAAUAAUACAACAACAAUCUAGAUUUCUAUCGAUUAAACUUUUUAAUCUAUCAAUCAAAAUCAAUUUCAAUUCUCAAGUGGGUUUUCUUAAUCGGGUUCGGGUAUCAAAAGCAACUCACAAAAAAUCGUAAUACUUCAAAAUCCCCCUUCUUCAAUUUACAAUUCAUUAUCCCUAAUCUCAAUUUUUUUUUUCUUUCUUUCUCUCUCCUCAAAUCUCCCAAUUUCUUCUCUUUCUUCAGCACCGCCGUGUUUUCCGCCGGCUUUUAAUCGCCGGCAACCGUUCUCCGGCUUUUAUUUUGUUGUAUUUUCGCUUCAAUUGGUUCUCUGAGUUGCGAUUUUUGCAAACCCUAGUUUUGCUUAAAUUGUGAAAUUCCCCAAUUUGAUCAGUUAUUUUGGGUUGGAUCAAGUUGGGAAUUUCUGGGUUUUGGUUUUUUUCAGCUGGGUAAUGGAGCAAUUGAGCGUUUUUGCGGGAAAUUUACGAAGGGUACGAUAUUAUUGGGGAAGAAGGGUUUUGUGAAGUUGCUGUAAUUUUGGUGAAAAAGAAGUUAAUUUCUUCUUUUUUUUUUUUUUUUUUUUUUUUCUGGGCUUAAUAAUUCUAUAAUAAUAAAAAUAUGAUGUUGCAUAAUAGUAGCAAUGGUAAUAUUCAAGGAAGUUUGAAGCAAAGUUGUAGUAUAUUAGCAGUUUUAUGUGAUAGUAGUAAACUUAAAGAGUGGGAAACUGAGGAUCGGCAGCGAUACCCUUUUCCUGAGCUUGAAUCUUUUAGCCGUUUAGAGGUUAGGACACUGAGAAAUCCGAGCUUGGAUGAGUUUGGGAGGACCCUUGAAUCGUCGAAGCCGAAUGUUGUAUAUUUACAGGGGCAGGUGUUGCCAAAUGAUGAAAUUGGGAGUUUAGUAUGGGAUGGUGUUGAUAUGUCUGAUGCUGAAGUGAUAUCUGAGGUGUUUAAUCAUGUGUUGCCUACCACGGUUUAUUUGGAGAUUCCUAAUGGUGAAAAAUUCGCAGAUGCUAUUCAUUCUAAGGGGGUCCCUUACGUCAUAUUUUGGCGGAAUGCAUUUUCUUGUUAUGCUGCUGCUCACUUUCGGCAUGCAUUCUUUUCAGUUGUACAGAGUACGCCCUGCCAUACCUGGGAUGCUUUCCAACUGGCUCAUGCAUCAUUUAGUCUUUAUUGCAUUCGGAACAAUGCAGUGGUUCCCCGGAACAGCCAAAUGGCUGGUUGUAAUCUGGGGGGGCCAUCUCUUCUUGGGGAGGCUCCCAUUGUUGAAGUUGCUUUGCCUGAGGCUGAUGAUGGUGAUGAAGAAGAUGGCUCUGGGAGUAAUCUUUCUGCUGUUAAAAUCCAUGACGAUGAAGUGAGUGUGAGAUUUUUGAUCUGUGGGGUGGCAUGCUCAUUGGAUGCAUAUUUGUUGGGAUGUUUGGAGGAUGGACUGAAUGCACUUUUGGGCAUAGAGAUGCGUGGGAGCAAGCUUCAGAACCGCUUCAGUGCCCCACCACCACCAUUGCAGGCAGGUACAUUUUCACGUGGUGUUGUGACGAUGAAAUGUGAUAUAUCUACCUGUAGUGCUGCCCAUAUAUCUGUCCUGGUGUCUGGUAGUGCACAAACGUGCUUUGAUGAUCAGCAAUUGGAAAAUCAUAUAAAGAAGGAGGCAAUUGAAAGAAGUCAGCUCAUACAGGCAGUGCCUUCUUCAGAAGAAAUUAAACUGCCUUCAUCUGAGCCUCGGACAUCUGACUCAAUUGCUUGUGGGGCAACAGUUUUUGAAGUCUGCUUGAAAGCACCAUCAUGGGCUUUGCAGGUAUUGCGGCAGCUGGCGCCGGAGACAUCUUACCAUAGCCUGGUAGCCCUUGGAAUUGCAAGCAUUCAAGGACUGGCUGUUGCUUCGUUUCAGAAAGAUGACGCUGAACGUCUUCUUUUUUUCUGCGCAAAUCAGGAGAAAGAUAGGCGCCCGCAUAAUGAUGAUCUCACUGCUCCACCUAGUUGGCUUAGACCACCUCCUCCAAGCAGAAAGAUUUCUGGAACUGGUCAAGGAUCAAGUCCUUGUUCACACGAUUGUUAUCUGUCUGAAAAUCAAGCUGCUACAACAAAAGCUGAGCAAGACGAUAAAGAAACUAGAUUUUAUAAUGGGACUUAUAAUCCAGCUUUUCCCAUCCGGCAGAAGAUAAAAGUAGCAGCUAUGAGGCCCAUUCCUCAAUCUAAUAUUCGGAAAAUGAUGCCUUUUACGGGUAUAGUGCAGGCAGAUAAUUAUGAUACUGGCCAAGUGAAGCUUAGUUUGCCAGCGCUUCCACCUACAAAACAUAGUGUCUUGACAUCAAAUCCUGCACCAAAUAGAAGGGCAACAAAUGCUUUUCAGGCCAAGCAGAUCAUAUCCUUAAAUCCAAUACCUUUGAAGAAACAUGGUUGCGGCAGACCACCUAUCCAGUUAUGCUCAGAGGACGAGUUCUUGAAAGAUGUAAUGCAAUUUCUUAUGCAUCGUGGACACAGUCGGCUUAUCCCUCAAGGUGGGCUAGCAGAGUUCCCUGAUGCCAUUCUCAACUCUAAACGUCUGGAUCUAUACAACCUGUAUCGAGAGGUUGUUUCAAGAGGAGGUUUUCAUGUUGGCAAUGGAAUCAACUGGAAAGGGCAAGUUUUUUCGAAGAUGCGAAACUACACUGCAACCAAUAAAAUGACCGGUGUUGGAAACACUCUUAAGCGACAUUAUGAAACAUACUUACUAGAGUACGAAUUGGCUCACGAUGAUGUAGAUGGAGAAUGCUGCUUGCUAUGCCAUAGUAGCGCAGCUGGUGAUUGGGUCAAUUGUGGUAUAUGUGGGGAGUGGGCUCACUUUGGUUGUGAUAGACGGCAAGGUCUUGGCGCUUUUAAGGAUUAUGCAAAAACAGAUGGAUUAGAGUACAUAUGUCCACAUUGCAGCGUCACAAAUUUCAGGAAGAAGUUGCACAAGCCCUCGAACGGGUUUUCAGAAAGUCUUGCGUAUUCAAGACACGUGUGAUACUCAUAUUUUCGAAUUUCUUUUCAUCCUUUCACCUAGGGUAGUACUUUUGCUCCCAUGGUUGAAAAAUUAUUUCGAUAUUCCUGGGGAAGGGUUAUCAAUUGAGGGAUUUCUGGUGAUAUUUGAAAAUGGACGAUACACCAGAGGAGGCAGGCAAUACACAGAAAGCGGAUGGAGAAACAGUGAGGCAAGGAGGAGGUGAAACACGAAAGCUUUAAUCUUAAUAUAACUUUUGUUUCGUUUUUUAGCAGUCCUUUUUUUCCUUAUCAAGGGAGGCGCCGUGAAUGAUGGCAGAGUUUAUCUACAGGAAUAGGAAAUAGAUCCCAGGAAAAAAGGUCUAGUGUAAAAUAAUUAGAGCAUAUGAUUUGUAUUUAGGUAGAUGUAGCAUUAUCAAUAUCAAAGCGAUGGAUCAUUCAAUUCUUAAUAGGAGUUGACAUUGUUGUUCCUCUGUCUAACAACAGUGUAAAGUGCCUUAUUGUUAUUUUUACCAUUUUUGUCUCUGCCUUGCUUCC